AUGCAGAAAAAAAAUAAAAAAACGUCAUCUCAGGAAACAAAUAAUAUUCCACCAUGUUUUAUAGGUUUUGUUUGGACAAAUAAUGCCGUUUUACAAUUGUAUGAAUCAAAAAAAAAUGAAAUGGGACAAUUCUUCUUGAGCACUAAUCGGCUUUGUCAGGAUGCUUUUGAAAAUUUAUUUUCUAUUUUUAGGCAAAAAUGCGGCUAUAACAAAAAUCCCACCUGCAGGACCUUUAGAUGUGGAUUUUCAAGUAUAUGUUCAUUUAGCUUAUUAAACUGUACUUCAGAAAAGUCUAAUUGCGAGGAAGAUAAUGAUACAUUUUUAACACCGAAUAUAUUAUCAAAUACACCUUCUCCAUCGGUGGAAUUAGAAUUUUUAGAUACAGUUGAUGAAAAUAAAUCAACAGAAGUUGAUUUAGUCAAAGAAAUUGAGGUAGAUGAAGACAGUGAAAUAUAUGAUUUGGAUUUGGAGUAUGAACGUAAUAAUGAGGGUGGUAGAUUAGAAGAAUGUGCCGUUAUUUAUUAUGCAGGAUAUUUAGUAAUGAAGUGUUUGAAAAAAUUUGACUGUGAAAAGUGUCACACAACAUUAUUACACCCUGACAAAAUAUUGAAUGACAAUAAUCAACUUUUGUUAGUUCAUAAAACAUACAAUGUAAACUUUGAUAUUGAUAAAGGAUUAAAAGUACCAUCAAAACAGUUAGAAUUAUUCACUAAAAUAUUUCUAGAUACAUUUAAGACCAAAUUUCCUAUUGUUAAAAGUCACAGUAAUCUAUUGAGCAAAUUAAUUGAUUUUGCAACCACAAAUAUGACACGCUGCUCCAAUAUCAACAUCCAAGAUGAAUGUUCAACACAUUAUAAAUAUAUAAUUAAAUUGUUAUUUGUAGUAAGAAUUCACAAAGAAUGUAAAUGGACAAGAAAUAACAAUAGAACCUUCAUAUAUAAUGGUACAAAUAAGCCAAAUGCUGAACUCAGGAAUAUUCAGAACUUAUAA